GGAAAAUUUCCAGAAGCAAUCGUGAUUUCAUCGGAGUAACAUCUUUUCUUUGCACAUUUUACUCCGGAUUCAUACUUUCUUUGUUCCAGUUACCAUUACACAGCACUAACUGGAUAUUUUUCAUAAUUUAUUACUCGCCUCAUUAUUAUUCGUGCUGAUAUUGAUAUUGAAAACACUUGGGUCUUGUUUUGAUUUUCAUGUUUACAUCUGUAUUUUUGUUAUUGUGAUCAAAUCGGACUUCAUCAUCAGCAAGACAUCAUGUCUGAAAAGACUAAGUCAGAGAAAACGGCCUACUCCGAAGUGCCGCAGCAGCAAACUCUGACAAUGAAAUUGAGCAACAUUCCUGCUACUCCUCAGAAAGAGACGAUCGAGUCGGAAGAUGCAGAUGAUCGUGGCAACUGGUCGAACCAUCUAGAUUUUCUUCUCUCCUGUAUUGGAUACGCGGUCGGACUGGGAAAUGUCUGGCGAUUUCCUUAUCUUUGCUACUCCAACGGCGGAGGAGCAUUUUUGAUCCCUUACCUUGUUAUGUUGUGCCUGGCCGGUGUUCCGCUCUUUUUCCUCGAGUUGGCUUUCGGACAAUACUGUAGUAAAGGACCAAUCAGAGCCUGGAAUGCUGUCCCUCUUAUGCGAGGUGUCGGCUAUGGCAUGGUUGUGGUAUCCGCAAUCGUGGGCAUCUACUACAAUGUGAUCAUCACCUACUCGCUCUUCUACUUCUUCAAGUCUUUUGCGAGAGUCCUACCCUGGGAGGGGUGCCAUCACAGUUGGAAUACACCUUACUGUUCUCAACUCGUCCAGGAAUGCAUCGAGUCUGGCGGCAUCGUCAACGAGAACAACACCUGCGUCGCCAUCGGUAACCUGACAGUCGCCGAGCAGGAGAGCUACAACAUUACCUAUUCCGAUGAUGGAAACCUCACGGGUUAUAGCGACCCCCUCCAUGCGAGCCGCCAGAGCGCCUCCGCAGAAUUUUACAAGUAUGGCAUGUUGAACGAAUCUGGUGACAUCAGCGAACCUGGUAUGAUCAGCUGGCAGUUGACUCUGUGUCUUCUCUUCGCGUGGGCCCUCAUGUUCCUCUGCUUGGUGAAAGGUGUCAAGUCCUCUGGCAAGGUUGUAUACUUCACCGCUACCUUCCCAUACGUGGUCCUCUUCAUCCUUUUCAUCAGGGGUAUCACCCUGGAGGGUCAGAUCGAUGGUAUCAAGUUCUUCAUCACCCCGAAGUGGGAACUCCUCAAGAAUGCCAAAGUUUGGAAGGAUGCUGCCGUCCAGAUCUUCUACUCCUUGAGCGCAUCCUGGGGAGGACUUAUCACCCUUUCCUCCUACAACAAGUUCAAGAACAACUGCUUCCGUGAUGCCAUGAUUGUCCCCAUUGCCAACUGUGCCACCUCCGUCUUUGCCGGUUUUGUCAUCUUUUCGAUCCUUGGUCACAUGGCUCAUGUCCUGAACAAACCCGUCGGGAGUGUUGUCGAUGAACAAUUCGGUCUUGCCUUCAUUGCCUACCCCGAGGCUGUAACCCUCCUGCCAAUCUCUCCUCUCUGGGCCAUUCUUUUCUUCUUCAUGCUCAUCACUCUCGGUAUGGACAGCCAGUUCUGUAUCAUCGAGACCGUCACCACCGCCAUCCUUGAUGAGUUCCCAUCCCUCCGUAAGAGGAAGCACCUUAUCGUCUUCCUCUACUGCUUCAUCGGGUUCAUCUUCGGUCUCAGUUGUGUCACCCAGGCCGGUGGAUACUGGGUCAUCCUCAUGGACAAGUACGCCGCUGACUUCGCCCUUCUCAUCUUUGGUCUCUGUGAGUGCAUCGGAAUCGGCUGGAUCUACGGAGCCAGGAGGUUCAUGAACGACAUCAGGACCAUGCUCGGUGAUAAGAUCGUUGACCACCCACUCUUCAACUUCUGGCCUCUGACCUGGUGCUGUAUCACUCCUGGUGUACUUCUCUUUGUUCUUGGUUUCAACUGGGCUACCUGGACCUUCCCUACUGCUGGCGAAUACGAGUACCCUGCCUGGGCCCAUGUCAUCGGAUGGCUUAUGAUUUGUUCAUCUCUUAUCUGCAUCCCAGCUGUUUGGGCCAUCGAGUUCGUCCGUGCUGAUGGAGGAUUUGUUGAUAGGAUAAAAUACAUGGUAACUCCUCGACCAGAGUGGGGACCUCUUCACCUUGCCGACAGGCGUGAGGCCAUCGAGAUCCACAGGCAGAACGGUACUACCAUGGGGGGCGUUCUAGACCCUAGCCUACCUGAGAAGAACGAGAAGGACUUAGAAGGGGGUGUCGCCAUUCCCCUUCAUCAAAACGGAGUCGUACCCAUGCAGACCAUCGAUGUCAAUGCCUUGCAUCUAAACGGUGCUGUUGGUGGACCCGGAAGCACGGUAUAAGCAUCCUCGUGCCUUAGAUGUUGACUGUAUGUUGCCAUGGCUGCGGGCUUUGCGCCGAUGAUGCAGUCCAUGGUAGUUAGGGGAUGAAGGGGCGGUGAGAUGCUUCAGCCGGUUGAGACACUUCAAUGAUCAAGAACCUAUUGCCGAAUGGUAAAAUAACCAUUCUUGAAGUCUACAUGCAAGACUGCGCAGGCUUUCUGAAGUAGCCUCGUGGAAAUUCCGGCAAAUCCGUCCUCGUGAAAAUGUCUAAAGGUUAUCUGGAUGCCAUUAGCGUCUGAGAUCUUACGUACUCUUGAUACAGGGUUACAGUAUUUAGAAGAAUAAGAUAUUGUCCUUCCAAGGCAUCCAGUCAGUAGAAUCUAUCAAUUUUCAUGCAAGAAUGCUACACCUAUUGCCAUCUCCUGAACAUGAAAUAGUCUCCGUGAUACACGAAAUCUUUUGCGGAGAAGAUGCUAUUUUCGUUGUUAGUUAAAAUGUAUUGAAAUAUUUACUGAUGCUGUUUUAAGUACCAUCUUAUCAUGUAUGGUAAGCUCACAACUCACGAAAAAUGCCAUUUUGUAAACGUAAAACGUUUCUUAAAAGUUGCUUGUUAUAAUGAACAAAAAAAAGGAAAUCAAAUUUCAUUUUUAUGUUUACAAUUUGUAAUAUGCACUCUUGAAUGGUCUCGACAUCGUCAAAUAUUUUUUUUAAAGACGCAACUGCUCAAUGAAAUGUUGCGAAAUGACCUUAGCCCACAAUCAUUAAACUCCUAGCUGGCAUUAUUUAUUACUAUGAGAAGGUUGAUAUUGUAAGAAUGAAUCAUAUUACGUGGAAUAUAUUGUUAUGUACCGUGUUGUGCAAUAUUCCAUUAUCAGGUCGACUCAUCAAACGUGCUAUGAAUGUAACUAUAUCUAUUCAUUACGUAACUACUUACCAAAAAUCUAAUCAGUGAUAUUACUUUGUAAUUAUGCUAAUGAAAAUGGUAAUCAAUGUCAUUCUAUUUAUUUUGGGUCACCCGAAAUCAUUCUGUAUCUCGAAGCCUUCCAAUCCCCCCCCCCCCCAAUUAGCUGCACAUCGACUGCUGUAUUUAUGACUGUACAUAAUUAUUGAACAACCAUUCAAAUACACUUAGCAAUACCUUGUACAUAUUGUAACAUAGUCCAUGUAAAUAUUUAAAGUUAUUUUAUCUUCCAACAAGCACAAGGCCAUGUACAUUUCAAGUUUUAUAUUUGCUUGUAUAAUUGUUUUGUACUUUUUGUUUCUUUUUGGUGCAGAGCGGGUGAAUCGGUGAUGUGUUGGUUAAACAUCAGAUAAUUCAUACAAGUUCUUACCAUAUUUUUUUUAAGCUGAUGUGUGCUUAGUAUGUGUUAAAGCUUAAAAUGGAUCCAUACGACUGUAUUUAGUAAUUCAUUCAACGUGAAAUCAAAUGUUGGAUGCAUUCCGAAUUGAAAUGGUUUUGGGUUAUUUUAAAUUUAUGCAUUACGAGUAUUGGCUAAUUAGCAAACUGACAAUUAGAAUAAUAACAUGCACGACCUCAAUAUUAGAUUCUAGUAGCGAGACUUGAUCUCAUCAAGAUUAAAAACAAAACGAAAGGUGGGAAAACAUGCCCUAUUCAGAAGAAAUCUAUAGACUUAAUCAUCGCUCUCACCUAAUUGUUGAGUUGAUUGUUACGGUAUAUAUUAUCACUUGCCUAAUCAAUCAUAACUUCAUAAACCCGUAUAGGCAUCGAGUAAUUCUGUUUUAAUAACCAUAAAAACAGUACAAUCAAAACAUAUUACGAUUCUGCCACAAUAUCACAACAGUGUUAGUGGUGUGGGUGUGUGUACGUAUGGUGUGAAAUUAUUUAAGAACUACUUGCCUUCAUCCAAGACUAUGAAUACUUUUGAAAAAAAGCAAUGAAGUGUAUAUACUGCUUUUUUGCAGCUGUUAUAUAAAUGUUGAUAUGUAUAUUGCAUAAAUAAUAUUUAUUUACUUUUUGAAAUAAACAACUGAGCCAUAACUUAAUGCAUAUGUUAUUUGUUUGGGGGUAUGUUUUUAUGCACGUAAGCAAGUGUGUGAACCCUUCAUUUUACAUAGUUAUUCGUGGUGCCUGAUGAUGAGGUUACGAAUUGCGUAAGUUUCUCUAGAUCAUUCCAUGUACUAUAACCGGCAUUUCUAUUUAUAAUGAUAUGCCGUGGGAAGCAUGAAUUUCGAUUUUGUUAGGAGAUUAAAAUUGAAAGAAAAAAAAUCACUGUUGGGGGGGGGUAGAGCUUGAACAUAUUUUCGAUUUUUAUAAUAUAACGGCGAUUUUUAAAUUGGGAAUUAAAUAUUAUAAUCGAAAAGUAAGUGAGUUGAGAGGAUAGAGCGUGAAUAGUUUGAGCAUCUCGGUUAUGAUAAACAGUAAUUCUUUUCUUGGAAAUAAACGAAUUAACAAAUUUCAUGUUACUUCAAUACUCUGCUCUAAGACAUAUUUUAUGUCUGCACAAAGUACCAAACUUAGCAAAAUUUUGUAUCACUGUUUCAUGGGCGGUGCAGGGGUAUUUUGUGGAGGGGAUGGGGGCGAGACGACCUAGAAGGGACGUAACUUUGUUCAUACUUGAAACACAAAAUUAUGUCUGCACAAAAUACCUUAAACUUAGCAAAAUGUUGUAUCACUGUCUCCCUGCUCUUGUAUGAAAUAGUUCUGGAAUAUUUCCAUGAAUGAAUAGUGUAUGUUUGUGCGUAAUUUUGCAGAGUGUACAAGCUCGAUUAAAAUGUUGAAAUCAAAA